AUGAAGCCCUUAUCGAAGCUCACAGAGAUACGCAAGCAGGACACUUGGGGAGAUGUAGCUGCGUUUGUGCGCGGAUGUGAGGUGUGCCAGAAAGUUAAGGUUGAACAGGCAAAUCCUGCCGGAUUGAUGGGACGUCGCAUCUCCGACGGACCCUGGAUUAUGGUCGCUGCUGACGUUAUGGGUCCCUUGCCGCGUAACCGAGAUCAACGGGAGUGGGAUCGCUAUUUGAGAGAUUUUUGCUUCGCGUAUAACACCGCGCACCACUCAUCGACGGGUGCAUCUCCCGCAUUUCUCAAUUUAGGUCGCGAAUUAAUGCCGGUUUAUUCGUUAAGACGUCGCCUAGUAGAUGGUGCCGAGAUAGCGGAACAGCCGUCGGAAAAAUGGUCACAGCGUAUGGAGCAAUUAGCGAGUUCACGAUCAUGGGUACAAGAAAACCUCGAAAAAGCAUAUAGUAAACAGGCAAAAUCGUAUAAUGCACGCCGACGAAACGUUACUUACGAACAAGGCAAUCCUGUCUGGAAAAGAAACAGAAUUUUGUCAUCCGCAGCACAAAAAAUCGCCGCGAAGCUAGCUCCCAAGUAUCAGGGCCCACACAAGAUAAGUAAGAAAAUUUCGUUCGUGGUUUAUAAAUUGGUAGGGUGUCAGGUCUUGGUUUGUACGGUGCCGCUAAACACAGGUGCCGCCGAAAAUUAUCAAGAAUGGCGGAAGGAAACUCCUUCAAAAAGAUAUAUCAAAAAGUGGACACCUACGUCAGAGAAGGCAUGCAGCGAUAUCGAGAAGAACAACAACAAAGGAAACAAAAAUGGCAAGAACGAGAACAAAAAGCCCUUGAGUGAAGAAAAAAAUAGAGAAAGGCGUGAACACCUACAAAGGAUACUCCGGGAAAAACAGGAGAAGGAGGAGCGUCAGGAAAGAGCACACCAAGAAGAACAAACAAAACCAGGUCUCCUCCGUCGAAUGACCAUGGAACUGGAAGCGCGGGAACGGAACGCUCGCAAUGAAAGACUGUGGCAGGUAAUAGACCGAGAAAUAGAACGUGCCGAACGCGCUCACGAACAGCGACUACGAAUGGACUUGGAACGAAGACACAGAGACAGAGCGGAGCGAGAAAGACGGGAAAGAGCGGAACGAGAAAAACAAGAACAAGAGCGUAAAGAACAAUUACAGCGAGAAAGACAGGCCCAGGAACGACGAACACGAGCUGAGCAAGAAAGAAAUGAGAGAGCAGCACAGGAACGACAGAGGAAAGAGCGAGAGAAACAAGAACGCAGAGAACAGGAACGGAGAAAAACACAAAAUCGUGAAAGGAUGGCUCAAGAACAGCGGGCCAGAGAAGAACAAGCCCAGCUAGAAAUAGAAGAGAGAAAGGAGAGAGAACAACGAGAAAAGGAGAGGCGAGAGGAACGAGAACGACGAGAACGACAAGCAAGAGAGCGAUAAAAACGAGAAAGAAGAGAAAGAGAAAGGC